UAGAGUGAGCUGGGCCAAGGUGGGGUGGGGGACAGGGGUGGCCUGAUGUGUGGGAGCCACAUGGCCUGGGCACAACCCUGUGGGUGCACGUGAGUGGUCACUGAUCACAAUAAUGCCCGUGUGCACUGGGUCCUGGCUCUGGCAGGGGCUUCCUGUAGCUCUCCCUGCAAAGGGUGACAAUGUCCAGAAUAGGCCGGGGUCCCCCUCCCAGGGCUAGGGCUCCUGUUGAAGCCUCAUCCUUGAGGAAGGGGUGACCCAGACAGUGGCCCGUCCAGAUGCCCACCAGCCCAAAGCUCCACAGGGUAAAUAAUUGAAGGGCAGGUCACACGAACCUGCCCGCGUCACAGGAUGCCAUCCCCUGGGUCUGGUUACACCCCAGAUCGCCUUCUGACAUCCCCAGCUGGUGAAUAAUUAAGCUGCUGCCUCCUCCUCCCCUCUGGCCCUCCAGCUUCCAUCACAGCUUCCUCCUCUGCCUGCCGAGCAGUGGGCACCAGAGGGCAUUGAACCCCAGUGUCCCUUAUCCUACCAGUGCCACCUGCCUCCUCCUCCUCAGUGUCGGGGUGCAGCCCACUUCAUGGCCCCCGAGAUGGACCAGUUCUACAGGUCAACCAUGGCCAUCUACAAGAGCAUCAUGGAGCAGUUCAACCCCGCACUGGAGAACCUGGUCUACCUGGGGAACAACUACCUGCGGGCCUUCCAUGCCCUCUCUGAGGCUGCCGAGGUCUACUUUACUGCCAUUCAGAAGAUAGGGGAGCAGGCCCUGCAGAGCUCCACCUCGCAAAUCCUGGGGGAGAUCUUGGUGCAAAUGUCAGACACCCAGCGGCACUUGAACUCUGACCUGGAGGUGGUGGUGCAGAUAUUCCACGGAGACCUGCUGCAGCACAUGGAGAAGAACACCAAGCUGGACAUGCAGUUCAUCAAAGACAGCCGCCAGCACUACGAGAUGGAGUACCGCCACCGAGCAGCCAACCUGGACAAGUGCAUGUCUGAGCUGUGGCGCAUGGAGCGCAAGAGGGACAAGAACGCCCGGGAAAUGAAGGAGAGCGUGAAUCGGCUGCAUGCUCAGAUGCAAGCCUUUGUGUCCGAGAGCCAGCGCGCUGCUGAACUGGAAGAGAAGCGGCGCUACCGCUUCCUGGCUGAGAAGCACCUGCUGCUCUCCAACACUUUCCUGCAGUUUUUUGGCCGGGCCCGGGGUGUGCUCCAGAACCGCGUGGUGCUGUGGAAGGAGCAGUCGGAAGCCAGCCGCGCCCCGUCGCGCGCCCACUCCCCGGGGCUGCUGGGCCCCGCGCUGGGGCCGCCCUACCCCUCGGGCCGCCUGACGCCCACCCGCCUAGACAUGCCCCAGCGGCCCCUGGGAGAGUUCGGCUCCCCCCGCAGCCGGCACGGCUCCGGCUCCUACGGCCCCGAGCCCAGCGAGGCCAGGUCGGCGUCCCAGCUGGAGCCCGACCGCCGGUCCCUGCCCCGGACGCCGUCCGCCACCUCCCUGUACACCGGCGCCCAGCGCUUUCGCUCCAACUCGUUCGGCGAGCGCCCGGGCGGGGGCGGCGGGGGCGCCCGGAGGGUGCGAGCGCUCGUGUCCCACUCGGAGGGCGCCAACCACACGCUGCUGCGCUUCUCGGCCGGAGACGUCGUGGAGGUGCUGGUGCCCCAGGCCCAGAACGGCUGGCUCUAUGGCAAGCUGGAGGGCUCCAACUCGAGUGGCUGGUUCCCUGAAGCCUAUGUGAAGCCUUUGGAGGAAGCGGCCGUCAACCCCAUGACCCCCUUGAGCCCCAUGACUUCCAUCAACCCCAUGAACCCCUUGAACCCACCAACUUCUGUGAACCCUAUGAGCCCAGUGAAUGAGCUUACAUCCAGGUCCUAUCCUCUCCGGGGAAGCCACAGCCUUAACGACCUCCUGGACAGACCAGGCAACUCCACAGCACCCUCACCCUCUGAGUACUGGGAUGGCCAGUCCCGCUCUCGGACCCCCAGCCGGGUCCCAAGUCGUGCCUCCAGCCCUGCACCCCCACCCCCACCUCUGCCCUUGCCUGACAGCCGCAGAAACAGCAUGGGCAGCAUGGGGGCGGCCAGCGACAUCAAGAAGUUCAUGUCCUGGGAGCAGAACCCCCCUGAGCUCUUUCCUAAGGGCACAAAUCCCUUCGCAACCGUGAAGCUGCGGCCCACCGUCACCAAUGACCGCUCUGCACCCCUCAUUCGCUGAGACACCCCAUCUCCAUCGGGGUCAGAGGCCAUCUGCAGUGGCAGCAACAGCAGCUCCAGGAAUCUGGGGUCCUGUACUAGGGGAGAGGAGCGGCUGUCUUUCCCAAACUGGCCCCUGCCACCAGCCUGAGCAGCUCCAAAGGCACUGGCCUGGGCCCCGGGGCCUUCAGAAUAAAGCAGGGGAACUGGGGGACAGAACCAUUUCCUCCCUCUCAGGGGUCCCAGGACUCUCCUUGAGGGGCCCACCUCCAGCCUCCCAACUUCUUCCCUCCUCCCCUGCUCCAACUGGGGGGAGCCUACACACACUCCUCUGCCCGCCUCCUCAAGCCCAUGUUUAAUUUUUGUAACCAGUGAGAAAUAAAGCAAGUGGCCAGGGCAGCAGGA